CCCAGCCCAGGUAGGUGUGGGAGUAUUAAAUUUUGAGGUGCCGGCCAUUAAAAGCCUUCCUGCCACUAUCGGGAAACCCAAAACAAUUCAUUUCCUUCUCCUCUCACAUGCCCACGCACCCAAUUCCCUUCUCAUGGCCGCAGUAGCAGUGACGACGAGGACAAUCGCCGUCCUCCUCCUAGUGGUGGUUGGGCUGGACGUCACCGACGCGCAGGCGCCGGCGGGGGCUCCGUCGGCGGCGGCGGAGGACUGCGUGACGGAGUUGCUGGGGAUGUCGGAUUGCUUGACGUAUGUGGAGGCAGGGAGCAACCUGACGAUGCCGGAGAAAGGGUGCUGCCGGGAGCUGAAGGAAAUUGUGAACAAUCACCCCGUCUGUUUGUGCAAACUUCUGGCUGACCCCAACAAUAACAAUGUCGGAAUCGCAAUUGAGCUCAAGAAGGCCUUCAAUCUCCCAGCGGUUUGCAAGAUUGAUUCCCUUUCUCCCAGCCUCUGCUCAAUUCCUGCUCAGGGGCCAUCAUCCGGAAAAGCAGGAAGUCCGUCUACUGCAACAGGUGAUAGUGGUGGGUUAGCGUCUAGUCCGUCUGCUGGGAAGGGGGCCAGUGCUGCUCCAAGAAUCACUGCCAUUCCCUUCUUGCCUUGGCUGCUAAUCUCUCUUUUGCAUCUUUUCUUUAAUUCUAUCAUCAGCCAAAAUUCAUUUAAUUGAUUUCCCACCAUUCAUGCCUUCUUUAAUUUUCUACUUUGAGGGAAUUUUGAUUUCUUAACUAUGUGUAUUGUUUUGUCUAAAAAGAGCUGUGUUUACAAUAUUUCUUAUAUUUUUCUUGACAUUUCAUGGUAUAUAUGCGUAAUGUUUGCCCUAAAAGAAAUGAGUGCUCUGUGAAUCAUUAGUUAGUUUUUUUAUGGAUAUGCAUUAAUUGUGUUCUUUAUUC